CGGGGCGGGACUGGGAAAAAUCUGGAAAAAAAAAAGACGUCUGUGGCGCGCGUGCUUGUACGUCGUGCUAGUGAACGUUAGCCGCGAACUAACCGUUACUAACCUCAGUUUCGUGUGUUUUCUGGUUAAAUAUUCAACCGUUAUCUUUGUACUCACAUAUCAUUGUGGGCAGUUCGACGGAUCAUCUGUCACAGCGGUGAACCUCAGAGUCAGUUGACGGUGUCGGAAAGUUUGGGCGGUUGGAGUUCGGUUAGCGCCGCCUCGGCUGUCUGUUGAUUCGUGUGUUAAUGUCGUUUCAGUCGAACUUGUACAUCACCGUCGAAAGGUGGGAGUGAGCAGCUCUUUGGCAUUAAACAGGUGGGUUUUUUUUUUGUUGUGCUUAACACUUAUAAUACCUCAGCUUGAUUCAGUAACUGGUGAACGUAGAUGUUAGAUAUUAUUUUAACCUAGCUAGCUGCAUUGUUCGGCGGGACCUUCCCCUACCAUCCUCCAAAAAAACUCCCGAGUCGGGGUAGUUCACAGCGAACUUUGGCGCUAUUUCAGAAAUGCUAGCUUAACGCUUAAGCUUGGUGGCUACUGUCGAAAAGAUAUUCAAUCAAUUUUCUUCCUUGUUAAGUUUAACGACCCCUCCAUAUUCAACUUUAUUUUGUCUGAGACUUUACAUUGAAGUUAUCUAAUAUUUCAAACUUUUCAAUGCAAUGUAAGCUGUCUGUGUGUGAUAAUUCAUGUAUAAUUUAUGUUCUGCACAUUUUCCAUAUUUUAAGAGGUAUGGGAAUUAACAGGAAUUAUUAUAUGACAGCAAAAUGCUCUGAAAAGUAGCAGUUUUAAGGUCUGUUAAAACUUAAUAGAAGAUAUUUUUCACAUUAUGGUGUCCUGGAAAGUUAAUUUUGUUCACUGAAGUAAUCUAAUGUUCCAAGCUUUGCCAUGCAAUUUAAGCUGUAUGUGUGUGAUACUCAUUGGUCUCACCUGUUUAAUCCAUGUUAUGCACAUUUUCCAUAUUUCAAGAGAUAUGGUUAUUAACAUCCAUCAUUAUAUGACAGUGAAAUGCUCUGAAAAGCAGCAGUUUUAAGUCCGUUAAAACCUGAUCAAUGCAGAUAUUUUUCACAUUAUGGUGUCCUGGAAAGUUUAUUUUGUUCACUGAACACAAGAUAAAGCUGAAGGACAUUUAUUUAUUAUGUAUUUAUCUUCUGAAUUUAGAUGGUUGUGACAUGUGCUUGGGUCCUGUUAUUUCAGAUUAUCCCACGCAGCUGCUCUGAAGAAGAUUUCUGCAAACAGCAUUGUCACUGUGAACCUUAAAAAAUCGAAGCAGACAUGAGUGUUUUAGUUUGUAGCAGCGAUUUCCAACCUCAUCUGACAACAUUUCCUGGGGAAGAUGUUUAAAGAAGUUUGCACGCAUAUGUGUUGCUCUAUUGUCUCCAUGUUGGUUGUGAGAUUGUACCAUGAUUCCUUACCUGUGGGUAAGACAUUUUAGUGGUAUUUGAAUGUGUGAAGCUUUCUGGUGGUGUUGAAUAGUAGGACCUCAAGUAAGGGAGAUGCAAAGAAACAAGCUUUGCCCAAAACUGCCUCUGGCUCAGUCUAAAAAAAAACUCUUAAGCUCUACUGGAACAUAAGUAAUACUCUUUGAAUUAAAGAUUAAAAAUCUCUCCCUAGCCGAGGUAGCAGCCAUACAAAGACAAAAGUUAUUUUAUGUCACCUUACUCUCUCCCUUGGGUUCCCCCCUCUUCCUCUAAUAUUGUUGUAGUAUUGACUUACUCAUACACUGCUAUUAUGGCCUGUAAAUGUGCGCAAAUAUAACCUUUAUGUUUAUAUGGAUCGGUUCAUACAAUGUAAUUUACAUUUGAAACAUCUGACUAAAAAGAUCAUAAUUCUAAAGGCACAGUGGCUUUUAUUUUGGCGUGGCGGUGCACCAGGAUCAUUUACAUGCAUAGGAAACACCGUGUUUUACUCAUCGUUGAAGGGUGACUUACAUCAUAAGUUGCAGUUGUAAUGUGCAACAUGGAAUACAUCGCCAAACAGUAAAUGAAACCAUCUUCUAAUUGGAUUAUUUAUAAUACCGGCAUUAAAUUAUCUUCUUUGCAAAGAUGAAAUUGACAAAUUAUUUUCAUUAAACAGUAGAUGGAAUAACAGCCUAUGGUAAAUGUAAUAACCGUAAAAAAAUUAAAAUGUGACAUGUAAGCUAAUAAAUGACAAAACAUUGAUUUAAUGAUGAUCCAAAAAGGCCAGAUCCUUUAAAAAUAAGUUAAUGGUGUAUCUUACUUUGUUGGGCAUUUUUGAAAUUUGCUCAACUUCCUCUGUAUUGAAGACUUUUGUUUCAGUUAAUCAACAAAUGAUGAGAAAAUGCCUUAAUGAGUUUAUUGCACUUCGCCCCCUGAAUGAACCAAAUGUAAAACCUCUUGUUUGUAUUUUGAUCCUAAUAUAAGUUUCUUUGUUUGCUUGCAUGUUUUCCAGAUAAUAUUGAGUGCUUCCAAAUCUUUGUGGUUGAGAGCCGUCAAAGAAUGGGCAGCUUGAGUUCUUGAAACCUCCAAGAUGACAUCAGUCGUAGGACUACCUACAAAAGGGUCAGAUGUAACAGUUCUUAUCACCAAGGUCCACUUGCAUCCCCUUUGUGUGCUUGUUGAGUUCUGGGCAAAGUUUAACCAGGAGAAAACAGCAGACUAUGAGAGCCUGGCCAAAGACAUUCAAUCCCCUGGUGGCAUAUUUCAGGAGUUUGAAGGAAAUGCUGGUGACCAGUGCUUGGUUCAGUUUGAUGGCAUAUGGUACAGGUCCCGCAUAGUCUCAAGACAUGGCUCCAAAUACUGUGUAUUCCUUAUUGACAAAGGAACUACAUUGAACACCUCCUCUAGUAAGCUUGCAUGGGGUAAGAAACAGCAUUUCAGUCUGCCCCCUGAGGUGGAACUUUGUGUGCUAGCUAAUGUGUUGCCAGUGUCCUCUGAGAACAGAUGGUCUUCAGUGGCUUUUGAGUUCCUGAGAUCACUUCCUGGGAAGUCUGUGAAAGCACAUGUGCAAGAUGUUUUGUUGCCCCACAGAACACUUCUACUGCACAUCCCUUGCAUAUCCAAGCAAAUGUAUGAGAUGGGAAUCGCCAAGAAGCUGUCUCCAGGUGCAUUCCUGGACUUUGUCCUGAAGUCACUGCAGUCACACAGUGAAGCUGAAAUGCCUCCAGGGAAUGGGCUCACUUCAAAGGGGGAAAGCGAGAGACUGCACAACAACGAGCACUUCAUGUACCCAGAGCUACAAGCAGGAACUGUGGAGACUGUUACAGUCACGGAUGUCACAAAUCCUCAAAGGAUCUUUUGCCAGUUAAAGGUGUUCUCCCAAGAGUUUAGGAAACUGUCAGAGCAGAUCACUCAGAGCUGUGAGGGGAGAAUGUCGAAGUGCCUUGUAGGUCCAGAAAUGGUUGGGUUUCCAUGUGCUGCAAGAGGAAGUGAUGGCAGGUGGUAUCGCUCUGUGCUGCAACAGGUACUCCAGGCCAACCAAGUGGUAGAGGUGUUGAAUGUUGACUAUGGAAAAAAACAGUUUGUCCACCUGGAAAAUGUCAGACCACUGGCCACUGAGUUCUUCAGAAUGCCUGUUGUAACUUAUAACUGCUCCCUCCAUGGAAUCAUUGACAAAGGGGUUGGUUGGUCAGCCAACCAAAUUGACUAUCUCAAGUCCCUUCUUCUUAACAAGUCAGUUAUUGCGAAAUUUGAGUAUCAAAGCGUCUCUGAAGGGGUUUACUAUGUCACAUUCUAUGGGCACGAAAACGCUAACUUGAACAAGUUGUUUGCUGCAAGCAUCAACAGCCCAUUGGAGAUGGAAAAAGCGCUUGGAGAUUAUGCCACCGGUGACACUGUCUACAGACCCCAGUAUCCACCUCAGCCGGAUAGAUUUAAAAUAAAAAUGUCAAGAAAACAGGAAGGGCAACAAAUAGUGGAGAGGUUGUCAGCUGAAGACCUCUAUCUUGACUCCUCACAUGAGGCAGUUGUCCAGCAUGUAUCUGACCCAUCAGAGUUCUGGAUCCAAACUCUGAACUUUGCAAAUGAGCUGGAAGUACUGAUGGAUCGCAUCUAUCACCUGUACAAAGAUUCAGUGGGAACAGAUGUAAAAAAUCCAGCAGUUGGACUGUACUGUGCUGCCAAGGCAGAAGAUGGCGACUACUACAGAGCAGUUGUGACUGAAGUUGGUGAGACCAAAAUCAAGAUGUUCUUUCUUGACUAUGGAAACACUGAAUAUGUUGACAGGAGUAACAUCAGGGUGCUUCCUGACAUGUUCAAAGAGCUGCCACGUCUUGCAUUGAAAUGCUCACUGGCCAGCAUCAGGCCAAAUGGACAAAAAUGGAGUCCAAGUUCAAGUGAGUUUUUCAUCAAAGCAACUGCAGGCAAAGUACUGAAAGUACAUGUUACAGCAAAAUAUGAAGGCUGCUAUGUUGUCCAACUUGCAGAUCCUGAGGCACAGGGAGAGAGAGAUCUUGCCUCACUGAUGUGUAGUUCUGGUCAUGCUGAAAAGGUUGAGACACAAAAACAACCCAAAGAGAAAUUUUACACGCAAACUGCUUGUCUGCCAACUGCACAGCUUCUAGGUGCCAGACUCUUAGGUCCACACAUCAACCAUGGACCUUCUUCGCAGCUCCAUAGUGCAGGAGAUCUUGAUGCCAAUCAAAGGAGAACUCCUACCUUCAAAGAGUACAUGUUUUCCACUGGCAGUGUCCUUGAUGUAGCUGUGUCCUUCAUGGAAAGCCCAAACGACUUCUGGUGCCAGCUAGUACAGGAUUCAGGACUCCUGAAAUUGCUUAUGCAUGACAUUCAGGCUUACUACAAAGACAGUGAAUUCCAGCUUCCUAUAGAAACUGCUUGUGUCGCUCGCCACCCUGACAACAGAAUGUGGUACAGGGCGCUUGUGAUUCGCAAACAGGAAUCUCAAGUCACAGUCUUGUUUGUUGACUAUGGCCAAACAGAAACUGUCUCCCUCUAUGAUCUGAGGACGAUUUGCCCGCAGUUCCUCCCUCUGCACGGUCAAGCUUUUCGAUGCAGCCUGUUGAACCCCGUUGACCCCACAUCUGCCACAACUGAGUGGAACAAAGAAGCAACAGCAAAGUUCUACAACUUUGUGGAAACUGCUGCAUCCAACUUUGUGAUUUUGAGGUGCACCAUUUAUGCUGUCAUGUACAAUGAGCAGAAGAUUGUUUUCAACAUUGUGGACCUUGAAACUCCAUUUGAGAGUGUCGCCACCAGUAUGGCCAGUCUACACAAAAGCGCAGUUCCCAAGAAAACAGCAGGGCCAUCUUACCGUCUGGACACAUACUACUACUCGACACACGACGUUAAAACUGGAGCAGAAGAACAGGUCACUGUCACAUGUGUGAAUAAUGUCAGCCAGUUCUAUUGCCAGCUUGAGAGGAACGCAGAUGUGAUCAGUGAUCUCAUGGUCAAAGUUAAUGAUCUCUGUCACCAGCUUGGAAAAGUCAAGCUCCCAGCAGUCUGUGGAAAUUUGUGCUUUGCGAAGUACACUGAUGGACUGUGGUACAGAGGACAGAUCAAGAGCAUAAAGCCAGCAAUCCUUGUCCAUUUUGUGGAUUAUGGUGACACCAUUGAAGUGGAAAAAUCAGACUUGCUUCCAGUUCCUAGAGAGGCCAGCGACAUCACGUCUGUCCCUGUGCAGGCACUUGUGUGCAGUCUCUCUGAUGUCCCCGCCGAUGUUCCCAGUGAGAUGAACACCUGGUUUGAGACAAGUGUUACAGAGUGUAAGUUUCAGGCACUAGUUGUAGCCAGAGAACCUGAUGGUAAACUGCAAGUUGAGCUGUAUCAUGGGAAAACUCAGGUAAACUCAAAAAUCAAGAAGAUGUUUAAGAUUGAGAAGCAACCCGAAUCAAUGGUUGUCCACCAGAGUUUGAGAGCACCUGGCCUGACACCAAGGAGUCUGAAAGCUGCUCCAAAACAAGCAGAGGAAAUGGAGACACAAACCAUCAGAAACAACAACUCGACCUCAAAAGCAGCACGCGACCUGAAAGAUGUUGACAAAAAUCUACAUUCUAAACCGAAGACAUCUCAAUACCUCGAUGAAAACGGUCAGAAAGGUAAAGCUGCUCCGUUAAAACUGUAUCAACCCCCACACCAAAGAGAAGCACGUGGAAUGACACAGAGUAAUACAGGAAACAACUCGGCAUCAGCAGCUGCUCAGGCCGAACAAAAACAAUCUUGUUCUCCUUGUCCCAAGCAGCCUGUCAAGUCCACAGCACUUGCCACCAAGUCCCAGAAAGAAAGAGCUGUUGAGAGACUCCCCAAGCUUGCAGACCUGCCAUCAAAAUCAAUCACAUCAGGAAUGGAAGCAGAAGUCUAUGUCUCUCAGUGCAACAACCUGUUGAGUUUCUAUGUGCAACUUGUAAAAGAGGAGGAUGACAUCUACUCAUUAGUGGAAAAGCUCAAUAAUCCCAAAUCUGUCCCCCAGACUGACAACAUCGGUGAUCUUCAUCCAGGUGACCUUGUUCAAGCUGAGUUUGCUGAGGAUUCAUCAUGGUACCGAGCAGUUGUGAGGGAAAUUCAAAGUGAUGCGACAGUUCUUGUCGAGUUUGUCGACUUUGGAAACAAAGCAGCUAUACCAGUUUCCAAAAUAGGCAGACUCCAGAAGUCUUUCUUGGAGCUUCCUGCGUAUGGCACACACUGUAUGCUGAGCAAUGCGGCGACUCUUGGAGAAGAGGAAAUACUUGGUACAGAAUUGGGGUCGGCUUUCAAAGAAGGCAUUGGUGAAAAUGGAGAAAAGGUUCUCAAAUGCAGGUUCAUCAGGCAGUCAGGAUCUGUGUGGGAAGUCAGCCUCAAAGAUGGUGAUGAGGAUCUCUUGUGUAGAAUAACCUCUCGACUCUCAACUGAUGAUUCUGAGUUAACCUCUGGCAGACUCAAACAAGCGGAGGAAAAACCUGCCCAGGACUCUGACAUUAUGCAAGAGGCAGAUAACACACACAAAGUGCUCAAGUCUCGCUCCUUGUGUUACCCCCGACAAGAGUUUUCAGUGGGGCAAAAGUUAGAGGUCUACAUUUCAUCUACAAACGAUGAUCAGACAUUCUGGUGUCAGCCUGCAGACUCCGAAGAACUCGAUAAAAUAACACAGAGUGUUGCAGAAGUUGGGGAUUCAGCCAAUCGCGAAGGUUUUGAUCCAGCCUCUCUUUCCACUGGCACUCCAUGUAUCGCUCUCUUUUCAGAUGAUAAUCUUUGGUACCGGGCAGAAGUCAUCAGCAAAGACGGAAACCAGCCGUUGGUUUCCUUUGUGGAUUAUGGAAAUGGGUCUAGAGUCAGUGUCUCAGACGUGAGGGAAAUAUCCCAGGACUUGACUGAAAGUCCUCCGCAGGCAUUUUUGUGUGAGCUUGAAGGCUUGGAUGCUUCAAAUGGAUCCUGGGACAGCGGUGCAGUAGACAAGCUGUCAGCGCUCUCAGAGGACAAAGCCUUUCAGCUGACUGUCACACGGGUAACCAGAGAUGAGGGUAAAAUCAAACACUCGGUGCAGAUAGAAUGUGAGGGACAGGUGAUGAACGAGGUGCUGAAAACCUGGUGGAGACCCUCCAUGGCAGAAAACGAACCAGCUGAAGUUGAAGUGACGGAUUCGUUUAAAAGAUCAGCACUAUGCCAACCCACAGUGGAAGAGAUCGCACCAUCAGGGAAUCAACCAGAGUACCAAAACCAAGAAGUGGAAGCUCCACAAGCUGACUGUGAUGAGCACAGUGCUGAAGAUUAUGUCCAGUCUGAGUCUCUUCAGUUUUCCACAGAGGAAAACAACAGUAUGGCUUCAGAACCCCACACACUAAGAACGACAGAGAGCUUGAGAAAAACUCCCUCUCAGGAAGAGUUGACAAUGGUCUCUCCUACUGUGGUGUCUGAAGACGAACUCGUGGACAUUUUGACUUGCGAUGGCGGUGAAGAUGAGACCCUGUUUCCUCCUGAAGCUGAGAAAGACACUGAGGAGGAGGUUGCUUCAAUCACAGGCGCUUUUGGAAUUGAUGACAUCUGUCCUCCAUUGUAUGAGAACCUAACAGAGCCCACAAAUGAGCCAGGGAUCAGACCUGCUAAUUUGGAGUCUCUGCCAGGAGAGGUUGAUACCUACAGUGUUGAGGGCAGCUCAGAAGGAGCAGUAUUACCCCCUGAAACCAUUAAAUGCACCGAAGAGAGGUUUGCUUCAAUGAUGCGCUGUUUUGGACCUGAUGACAUGGACCUAUUAGAGGCUACAGAUGAAUCUGGGACCACAAAAACUGUUUUGCCUGAGGAGGUCCAUACCCAUAGCAUAGAAAGCAUCUCGGACACCCUGAUGUUGUUUGGUAAGCAGUGAUUCAAGAAUCCUUCUACUAAUUCAGCAAUCCAUCAAAGCUGCUAAAAAAACAUGAACAUAUCAUAUGAUUUUCUUCUUCUUUGCAUUUCCAGCUCCAGUAGAAGAAAAAGGGGACAGAGAGGUCUCUGAUUCUCUUACCAGUACAACUACUGUGAAGAUGGUAAACUGUGAAACAUGACAUCUACAGAGACACACUUAAAUUAGCUUGAGUUUACGGAUGGAUGGACUUUUUGAAAUCUGAUUAGGUGUUGUAUCCUUCUACAGGUCCCCCGUGAAGCUGUUUGGCCGAGUGAGAGUUCAGACCUGUGUGAGGACACUGACGUCACUCAUGAGGACUCGAUGCAGGCACGUCAGGUUGUUUUCAUCACUAGAUGAACUAUUGAUCAACAAAAGGGUUAUCAUUAAGGACAGCUGUGGCUCAGCAGUGGAGGCGGUUGUCUCGCAGUGAGAAGGUUUGGUGUUUGAUUUCAGGCUCUGAUGUUUGACUACCUCUGCAGGCAGAGCCCAGAAAAUGUGACUGAGAUGAGUUAAUACUGAUGCCUGCUCUACAUCGCAGCUUCUACUAUCAGUGUAUGAGUAUGUUGUGAAUGCUAAAAUGUGUGAAAACGCUCUUAAAGUAACCUGAGGACUAGAAAAAGGGCUAUAAAAAAGGGCGACAUGGUGCUGUUGUUUGUAAAAGCACAUCAUAUUAUGAAUUUAAAUGUUGGAAAUUGUUUCUCUUUGUGUUAAAUAUCGCAUUUUCUUCAAACUUAGGUCCAAAGUGAAUCGUUGAUUUCUUUUGAAGAGAUUCCUUGUGAACAAUUAGCUGGUGAGUAACCUCUAACACCACCUAAGAAAUACUCAUUAGAUGGGCAUAAGAUACUGGGUACAUCACAGAGGCUUGUUUCACAAAUGUUGCUCUCCAAAAUUGCAGAAAUUUUCUUGCAGUACAAAGUUGUUCUCUUAUUUUGUAAUAUGUUCUCGUGUUCUCACGUUACAUACUGCGUAAAGAUGAUAUGGUAAAUUGUAAAGUGUUACCAAAAUGUCCCCCACAGAAGCUCCCACAGAGCCUGAAACACAAGUUGGAGAUAUCUCCUGUCAGGAUGAGGCCUUGUGUAUCGAGGUAAAUUGGACUAAGCUUCUGUCAAAUAGGAAUAAAUACAAACAUAUUUCUAAACUAGUCUUAAAUGUCUGAAGAAUUUGAUUUUUUUGUAAUUUAAGAUUUGUUUUCAUGAAGUUGUUCUGCACCCGAAAUAUUCUCUGUUUCAGAAAAAAAUCAGUGCCUGAAGAUGAGACGGUGGCUCUGGAGGACGACAACCUUUCUGGUUUGUUUAUCUUGAUAAAUUAGAUCUGAGAACUUUUGUCACUUUCCUUUUGCCUUUCUUAAAUAUUUAACCGUCAAUAUAAUCAAUGAAGAGGUUCAAAUGUAAUGUGAUAUUUCUCAAUAAACAGAGGAUCACUUUUUAACUACAGCAUUUAAUCCCCACAUUGGUCGUGUCUCAACAUCUUUUUCUCUGUCUCUACAGUCCCUCUAGUGGACAUCGAUGAAGCUGCCAGUGAGACACACUCCUGCACCGCUUCCUCUCUAGAUGUGGUAAUGAUUUGAACCCUCUCAGUUUUAAAGUGUCCUUUCAACUGCACUUUUUUCAAUCUGAUGAGUGAUUUUUUUCUACAUUGCUGCUCAGGAUGACAAAGUGUUGGAAUUGACCCUCUCUGUUGAAGAGGAGUGUUUGACAGAUGUCUACACAGGUAUUACAACGCAAAGUUUAACUUACUAUUGCUUUUUUAAUAGUAGUUGGCUUUGCAGUGUCAAAUGUUUAUUUUUUCCUGUGCACCAUAGAUCAUAUUGAGCCAACAGGCAUACAGAUCCCCAGUGCAAUAGAUGAUCAUCUCAGCUGUGUGACCGCGGAGGAAACGGUAACUUUCAUCACACUGAGUUUCCUCACAUACAACAGUGUUUUCAAACAGAGGUUCAGGCUCUGUGGAGUUGUCACAGCUCAGGUUAGCUGAAAACUAUUAAGCGCUAGAGGCUUUAAAAGCAUGAUGAAGAUAUAUUCUUGAAUAACUGGGCCCCUCACAAACAUCUUGACCCAUAAUUAAGAAUUCCACGGGACACAGAUCAGGGAAAAUGCUUCAAUACUAAUACUAUUUCAAACAAUCGUGGUUUAAAAGCACAUCAUAUUAUAAACUUGAUUGUUGGAAAUUGUUUCUCUUUGCAGUAAAUCUCACAUUUUCUUCAAACUUAGGUCCAAAGUGAAUUACUGAUUUCUUUCGAAGAGAUUCCUUGUGAACGAUCAGCUGGUAAGUAACAAUCUAAUACUCAUUAGAUGGGCAUAAGAUACUGAGUACACCACAGAUGCUUGUUUCACAGUUUAUGACCUCCAAGGCAGUAGAUCAGGUAAGGCUAGUAGAUGUGAUAAGGCAGUAGAUGUGAAGUGCUACCGAACUGUCCUCCACAGAAGCUCCCACAGAGCCUGAAACACAAGUUGGAGACAUCUCCUGUCAGGAAGAGGCCUUGUGUAUCGAGGUAGAUUGGACCCAGCUUCUGUCAAAUAGGAAUAAAUACAACCAUCAUUUCAUUCUUUAAAUUUAAAGAUUUGUUUUCAUGAAGUUGUUCUGCACUGGAAAUGUUCGCUGUUUCAGAACAAAUCGGUGACUGAAGAUGAGACGGUGGCUCUGCAGGACGACAACCCUUCUGGUUUGUUCACUUUCCGGGUGAUAAAUUAGACCUGAUAACUUUUGUCUCUUUUCUUUUGACUUUUCUUAAAGUUUCGCCCACAGUGGAUUGAAAACAUUGCUACAUACAGUUUUUGUACGGUCUGCCUUUUGUGUUCACAGCUUCACCAUCAGACUCUGAACCUCGAGUUCGUGCAGAUCCCUUUCCAGAUCUGGUAACAGCGAUCAGUCAACACAAUCAUAACACUUCUACUAAAUGUUCAGCACUGACUCAUGAAAUAUAUAUACUUUUUUUUUUUUUCUUAGAGUAGUCUAGUGGAAGAGGUGACCUGUCUUGUUGGGGAGAUCUGUUUGACAGACGUCUGUAAAGGUAUUGGCUUAGAUAAUGAACUAAACAUGAACUUAAACAUUGGAGAGGAGCCGAUAAAAGCCUGGUGAUCAUGAGUCUCUUGUUCCUCAGAUCCACAAGAAGAAACAGAAACCGAAGACUGUGAGCAGCUGAUGUCUGCGCUGGCUGAACAGGUGGUUCAGGCAGAGAUGAGCUUAAUGCUUCUGACCCAGCUCUAAAAUACAAAAUAAUAUUCUUCAGUUAUCAAACUCUCAGGAUAAUUCAGUUUUUAUUGUAAAGGAGCUGUUAAUGCUGGUAUCUGAGCACGCUUGGGAUGCUUUAAGAGGCCCUAAGGUUCUGUUAUUGUUCCACCAUCUCACCAUUUCUGCCCCACAUGAUAUUUAGUUUUAAGCUUUUCAAUUAUCUCUUUGCGCCCGUCUCACUUUCCAACCAUUAACCUCUCUACCGUAAUCGUGUUCAGAAAUCUAGAUAAGUCUUUUCCAGUCAAAGUGUAGAAAUGCAAAUAUUUAGCAACAUUCGGGGUCAGAUUUUAGAUUUUAGAUUGAAAAGCCUCCGUGUUCGCUUCUGCUGUUGAUGAAGUGACAGUGGCUUUUGAAUUCAAAAAGGUCCUGUGAUGCCUGGUAAAUAUGAUCCUCCAUUUGCCAGUAUUUUAACCACUAACGAGGUGUUUAAUUAAAGCUUAUUUUGCACAGGCCCUCUCACUAAAUUGAAAAAGCGUAUUUCACUCGUUUCUUUUCUGUGCAAAGAAAGAAACAAAGGCAGUGCACGAGGACCUGCAGCUUAUGUAGAUAUAAGAGGCUCCUUAAAAACAAAACAGUUUUAAUAUUUAGAUGAUUACGCAGUCAUGUAAACACAGUCCGUUCUGUUAAAUGCCGCUAAAUACUAAAAACUGCUCCUUGAAACUUGAGUCCAAUAAAUUCAAAUAUUGAAGUUUUAAAUUUCUUGCUGAUUAUUUCCAGGAUUUCAGCCAAGUUGCGGAGGAAGACAUGACACUCUCUGAUGACAGUUUCGGUAAGUGUUUAUACAUAUAUUUAAGUUCAGUUAUUGGUUCAUAAGCUUUAACUCACACCUCUGUUCGGCUGGGUUUCUUUGCAGGAGUUGAUGUAACAUGUCAGUGUUUUACCUGUGGUUAACUGUGACAAAAAACAAAACAAUAACUUCCUUCUUUCUUAGAGGAGCAGCUGUCCAAGAUUACUCAUCUGUCUCUGAAGAUCAACGAUCGCUCUGCUGAUAUUCUCCCUGUUGAGCGGCGCCUAGAGGAGUAACAACCUUCAGUUCCCCUGUCAGACCCCUCACACAGAAAAGUUAGGAACCGUUUUUUCUCUCUUAAGUUUUCAAAAACAGGUUUAAGUGUGUUGUUGUUGUUGUGUUUUGUUUCUCUUGAUUUUAUGGUUUUUUUUAAGUGUGAGGUUAUAUUUAUCCUUUGGCCCGUUGGCUUGUUUCAUUGUUGACAUUUAAGAGGAGAAGAAAAAACACAGGUAUUAGCACCUCUGUGCAGUGACAGCUGUCUUUACCUCUAGGUUUGUUUUUGGCAUCCAUGUACCUGCUCGGUCUGAUGUUGAGCGCUGUUAACGGAUGAUCUGUUCGGAUAAAAACUGCCACAAAAUUGUUCAUAAAAAAUGACCAAAUCUUUGUUUGAAUUUGAAAAGUGCCGCGGUUUUCAAGGAAGUUUUCUGUGUUAUGAGUGGAAACAGUGUACGGUUUGAAACUGGAUUUAUGUUGGCACAAUAAAUAUACUUACCGAUCUGUUAA